AUGCUUGCUGCUGGUCGCAGCAUCAAGUUUUUCUCUGAGCGGUUCUACCACGGCGCGGCCGGCAUGAUCCUGGCAGCACUUCUGGCCAUUACUUUCCCGUUGGCCUAUGAAAAGUGUUCCGCGGCCGCUGCCUUGACACAAGUCUGCAUACUCUACGGCAUUGCUGCAGCAGU